AUGGGUCAGAGGUCGUCCUCCUUCCUGAGGCGCUCCUCCCGGCCCAAGAUCUCGCUGACGUGGGUGCUGCGCGGCGACCCGGCGGCCGCCGACAACAACAACAAGGGCGAGGUGCCCGAGGAGCCGGCCGCGGACCGGACCCGAGACGCGGGGCCGAAGGCGGCGACCCCCCCGCCCAAGAGGACGUUGUCGGAGCCGGCGCUGGCCGCCUGCGGGGUCGGCAGGGAGCGAGCGAGGCACCGCCGCCCGCGCGCGCCGCGUCACCGGCCCAAGGCGCGCUUCGGCUACGAGAUACAGGACGUGGACGGCUUCCUCUCCAAGGCGUCCCUGGAGAAGCCGGCCAACAUCCCCAUGGUGCUGGCCUCGCCCUGCACGCUGUACCAGACGCGCUCCGGGGGCCGCCAGGACGAGGUGCCCCUGCCGCUGGGCAUGGUCGUCAACGCCGUGUUCAAGAACCAGGCGUGGCUCUACGUGCAGACUCCGCACGCCGAGGAGGGCUACGUGAGCUGCGGCUCCUGCCUGCCGCUCGGCAUCCUGCCGCCCUCGCGGCGCUCAGGCGCCAGGCCCGCCCCCUGCUGGGAGUCGCACGCGGACGUCUUCCCGCGACCCCUCGGCAACCGCACCGACAACGAGAAGCUGCGCGAAGGCACCAGGUCGGAGUGCGGCGGCGGAGGUCGCUGCCACCGCAAGGCGCGGCCCGAGAGGGACGCAGUGUCCGCGUGCGGAGAGCGCAGCGUGGACCGGCUGUACCUGCGCGCCGCCGCCAGCGCCAAGCAGCGCGGCGCCAACACCUCCUCCUCCACCACCACCACCACCCUGCUCGUGGUGCGCUCCGACUACCGCAGCAAGGGCCGCAACACGCUGUCCGUGGCCAAGGGCGACGUCGUGGCGCUCGUCAGCGGCCACCUCAAGGACUGGUUCUGGGUGCGCAGCCGCGACGGCGAGGAGGGCUUCAUCCCGUCCGUUGUGGCGGGCCACGGCUUCCUGUGACGCCUCCCGUCUCUGGAGGCUUCCCUCCUGGUUCUUGUGGCCACGCGAUUCCGCUGGAGGCUUCCCUCCUGUCCACAGCAACGGUCCACGGUUCCUGCUUGCAAGGCCUCCUCCUGUUGGUAAUGACCACGCAAUGUUUUGUUCGUCACCAAGAGCAACGCACAACCUUAUCUGCAACCACAACUGCAAAUAAGGCCUUCUUUCUGUUUGUACCGGCGAGCUGCAGGAUUCCAUGACCGCACGACAUUCUGAGGCAGUUUUCCACCCAACUACAACUUCACGCAAGGCCUCCUAUUGGUAAUGAUGGUUCACAGGUUCUUGCGACCACGCAGUGUUUUGUUCUUCACCAAGAGCAGCACCUUAUUUGCGACCACAGUUACAACUGCAAAUAACGCCUUCUUCUGUUUGUACUGGCGAGCCGCAGGAUUCUACAACCGCACGACAUUCUGGGGCAGUUUCCCACCCAGCUGCAACUUCGCACAAGGCUUCCUCCUGUUGGUAGCAGUUGGUAGCAGUGGAUUAUUUCUGUGACCAUACAACAUCUUGUUCUUCAAUAACACGCACGGUUUCUUCAACCGCAGUCCUGACUGCAGUGUCUACUGUGAUAAUUCACGGGUUUCUGCGGUCACACGAAAAUUCUGUUCUUCGCCCAGAACUUAAGACUUGUUAAGUGACCAGGGUCUGUCCAUCAGUUGCAGCGAGGAUUGGUUGCACACCCACACUUGAAACUGCGCCUUCCUCAAGUUAAGUUGGUAGUGGUGGUGUUUGUUCUUCGCUAAGAACGUGUAAGUACUGUUUCUAUGACCAUAGUCUCAGCUGCAAAGAAGUCGUCCUCCUGUCCGUAAUCGUGGUCCACGUGUUCUUACGUUCCUGUGUUCAUGCAACGUCCUAUUCUUCACUAAGGUCUAUGUUUUGACCCUGGUAAUAAACCAAAUUGAAGAUGUUUAAUAUUAUAAAGCAAUCAAGUGCUGAUGUGGUGAACAUAGGCAACAGCCACCUCGAAGAUUAAUUUUACACCCGUAACUCAAUAAAAAAAAAAUUAUUCUUGUUGGCUCUGGUUCUGUGACAUGAUAAGCCAGCCAUUGCAAAUACCUGCAAUACUUCACCUGCCUGUUUUUACAAAUCAACAUGUUUAAGCUGGGAAAAAUUGUGCAAGUUUUUUUUAAACUAAUUUAGUGUUCAUGUUAAUCGAACCACAGGUAAUCAACCCAUUGACUUUUCCCGAAGGUAACAUAAGAUGUUCAGUCUUUAAGAACUUGCUCAGUCCAAAAACUGUCACUUAGUAUAUAACUUAGACAUUUACCCCAAUGUUUAACAAUUUAUAAAUUGUAAUUCUGUGCCUUGAAUAUUCCGUCCAUGUGAUGCAAGAUAAUUUUCAAAACUUGGAACAAAUGUGUUAAAAAUGUGACUGUUUUUGUUUACCUGGAAAAUUUUAUAAAUUUUUUAAAAAGUGAAUAAUUAUUAACACUAACAUUAGUCAGCAGGAAAAAUUAUUCAUAAGGAUAUUGGGUAAAGAUUUUUUACUCCACUUCUUAUAGCUUUAAAGUUUUUUUACACAGUAAUAUAUUACAUUUUUACUAACUUGAAUAAAAACUGGAAGUUAGUGUACCUACAUAAAAAUAAAAUCACACAAAAUGUUUAAGUAAUUACAACUUAAUUAAGAACGAUAAUGAUUUUAUAUACACACCAUUGAAGAUAUGUUUCAAGAAAAUAUUUGAAGUGUGACCUGUUAUAUUGAUUUAUUAAUUUAAUAAUUUGAAUUUGUGUAUAUAUAUUUAAAAUAUACAUAUGUAAUUAAUAUGUUAAAACAUAAAAUACUAGAUUUUUAUGCUAUAAUAAACAGUUUAUUAUGCUAUUCAUUAUAAAGUGAGUGAUAGUAAAAUGAGCGUGACUAAAAAAAAAGUAAGUCUAAAAAAGUCAAGACAUUACACUUGUGAGAAAAAGACAAAUUUUCAUAAAAACAUAGUGGAAGAGAAACUAAUAUUCUCUCGAGUGUGAGCAGUGUUCAGCCAAAGAAAAAUAAUAAUUGCUGUGAAUUACAUGUGUUCUUAAGUGAUUAUGUGAACAAUUUUUCUUCAAAAUAUUGUGAUAAAAAAAACUGUGAAGCACAUGGGAUGCAUGUUGCUGUAAGUACUGGAUUUCACCAUCGUAGUGAAAAAAAAAGUGCUAUGUUGUUUUGUAAAAGCUAUUGAUUUAUUUAUUGAAGGCAAAAAUAAUAAAUAUCACUAUAGCUUUUGAAUUUCGAGUACCGUACACAGAUUAAUAUGUACUAUGUAAUGUAUGCCUAUGCGAACAUUCUGGACUUUCAAUUCUUAAACUUUUUAAAUAACAAACUUUCCUAUUCCUCAUGCAAUAUCUGAUGCAGUAAUUAUGUCAGUGUAGAGUAAUUAUGUGAGUGUAGAGAAUCUAUUUAAAAAAAAGUUGCUUUCGUUUUGCUCACUUUCAGACAGGAAUAGGACUUGACAAUGAUAAAAAACAGGACAGAGUAUGAAGUGGCCAAAACAAACUUUCAGCAGUCGUCAUCAAAUAUUACCUAAUACAUGUACUAUAAGACAAAAAGCAGCAUUUAGCUCUUAAAAAUUGGAUAAAAUUCUCAUCUUGUACACAGCAAAAUACUGAUAU